AUGCCCUUCGCACAAUUGGUCAUCGGCCCACCGGGUGCAGGAAAAUCCACCUACUGCAAUGGAAUGCACCAGUUCCUCGGGGCGAUCGGGCGCAAAUGCUCCAUCGUGAACCUUGACCCCGCCAACGAUAGGACCUCUUACCCGUGUGCGCUGGACGUGCGCGACCUCGUCACUCUCGAGGAAAUCAUGGAGGAGGAUAAGCUUGGACCGAAUGGCGCGACACUAUAUGCUCUUGAGGAGUUGGAGGAGAACUAUUCUUGGUUGGAGGCGGGGUUGAAGGAGCUUGGAGAUGAUUAUGUUUUGUUCGACUGUCCCGGCCAAGUCGAGCUCUUUACGCAUCACGCCUCAUUGCGCAAUAUCUUCUUCCAGAUCCAGAAGCUGGGAUAUCGGUUAAUCGUCAUUCAUCUCGUCGACAGUUACGCCCUCACCUUACCAUCAAUGUAUAUAUCCGCCCUCCUCCUCUCCCUCCGCGCCAUGCUCCAACUCGACCUUCCACACCUAAACGUCCUCACAAAAAUCGAUAAUCUAGCCAACUACCCCGACCUCCCCUUCAACUUAGACUACUACACCGAAGUGCAAGACCUCAGUUUUCUCCUCCCCCACCUGGAGUCCGAGUCCUCGCGUCUUCCACACAGCAAGUUCGGUGCCCUCAAUACAGCUAUCAUGGACCUGGUUGAGGAAUUCGGGCUCGUCGCUUUCGAGACGCUGGCCGUCGAGGAUAAGAAGAGUAUGAUGAGUUUGCUCAGGUCUAUUGAUCGCGCCUCAGGGUAUGCGUUUGGGUCGGCCGAGGGUGCGAAUGACACCGUUUGGCAGGUUGCCGUACGCGAGGGUAUGGGGGUUACGGAUGUCAGGGAUGUUCAGGAGCGGUGGUUGGAUAACAAGGAUGAGUAUGAUGAUUUGGAGAGGGCGGAGCUAGAAGAAGUGGCUCGUAUGCAUGAGGCGGCCAAUGAUGAGGCUAUGGCCCAGGACCAGGCCUUGAAUGGGGAUGAGGAUGGGGAUGAUGAGAUGGCGGGUUGGAAGGGUCCGUUGCCGGAUAGCGGGAUAAAGGUUCGACGAAAGACAUGA